AUGGUGGACACCACGACGGAGACGCCGGGGAAAAGCAGACGAAGCCGGCGCCGCCGGCGGCGACGGAAUAAAAACAAGCGAACGAAGAACAAGGAAACUGCGCCUCCGUUUCUCCCGCCAGAGGCAGAAGAAGGAAACAUAGAGUACAAGUUGAAGCUGGUGAACCCCACGCAGCAACGCUUCGAGCACUUGGCCACGCAGCUCAAAUGGCGGCUGCAGGAGGGCCGCGGCGAGGCCGUCUACCGGAUCGGCGUGGAGGACAACGGGCUGCCGGUGGGCCUGGGCCGGGCCGACAUGGCCGCCUCCCUUAGAACUUUGCGCAAGAUGGCCGACAAGGUGGGCGCCGACAUUACGCUGCUUCGCGAGCGGCAGGUGGACGCCGACGGGAGCGCGCGGCGUAUCGCCGAGGUGCUGGUGCGGAAGGUGCCGGACGAUCGACAGUUCCUGGACCUGCGCGUGGCCGUGCUGGGCAACGCCGACUCGGGCAAGUCGACGCUGCUGGGCGUGCUGACGCAGGGCGAGCUGGACAACGGGCGAGGACGAGCGCGCCUCAACCUCUUUAGGCACCUCCACGAGAUUCAGACCGGCCGCACUUCCAGCAUCAGCUUGGAGAUACUGGGCUUCGACAGUCGAGGACAAGUAGUGAACUACAGCGAGUCGCGCAGCGCCGAAGAGAUCUGCGAGAGCUCCUCGAAGAUGAUCACCUUCAUGGACCUGGCGGGACACCACAAGUACCUGAAGACCACCGUCUUCGGACUCACCAGCCACCGACCGGAUUUUGCCAUGCUGGUGGUCGGCGCCAACACCGGCAUCGCUGGUACCGCCAGGGAGCACCUGGGCCUGGCCACAGCGCUGAAAGUUCCCAUCUUCAUCGCGGUCAGCAAAGUGGACGUGUGUUCCCGCGGGGGCUUGGAGCGCACGCUGCGCCAGCUGGAGCGACUCCUCAAGCAGCCGGGUUGCGACAAGGUCCCCUUUGUGGUCCGCUCGCCCGACGACGCCGUCGCUGGAGCGCAGCAGUUCGCCAAAUCCGCCAAUGCCUGCGUGACGCCCAUCUUCACCUUGUCCAGCGUGUCGGGCCGAGGUCUGGAGCUCCUCAAGAUCUUUUUGAAUGUUCUUCCUCCUCUCAGCAACAGCAAAGAACAAGAAGAACUCAUGCAGCAGCUCACAGAGUUUCAGGUGGACGAGAUCUACUCCGUUCCUGACGUUGGGACGGUGGUGGGCGGGACUUUGUACAGCGGGGUUUGCCGCGAAGGCGAGCGUCUGGUGGUAGGCCCCACGGAGCAGGGCGCCUUCCUGCGCGUCAAGGUGGCAUCCAUCCACAGGAACCGCUCCGCAUGCAGGCUGCUGCGAGCUGGACAGGCGGCCACGCUGGCGCUGGGCGACCUGGACAGGACGCUGCUGCGUAAGGGCAUGGUGAUGGUGAGUCCCAAGAUGAAGCCCAUCGUAUGCCGGCGCUUCGAGGCAGCCGUGGUCCUCCUCUUCCACGCUGGGAGCUUCCGCCGCGGCUCGCAGGUGACUGCGCACGUGGGCAACGUCAGGCAGACGGCCGUCGUCCAAAGAGUGCAUGGGAAGGAGGAGCUGCGGACCGGCGAGCGAGCUACGGUGACGUUCUGCUUCCUCAAGCAUCCCGAGUAUCUCCGCACCGGCGCCAAACUUCUCUUCAGAGAGGGCGUCACCAAGGGUAUCGGACACGUCACGCGCCUCCUUCAGGCUAGCUGGAACCACAUUCUCGAAGAAAACCAUCGCCAACAC